CCCGCUAAUUAUUCUUUGUUCCGACCAUUUCCAUUUUUAGAGCAACCUUCUAUUGUGACACUCAUUAUAAUGUCAGCUUCCCUGUUAUUGUUAUCCAACCAACUAGUGUAACUUCCUUAACAAAGACAAAUGAACAAGUUGUUGACGAACAUCGUCUGAUCAAGUUUCAAGUUGGUCACAGGGUUUCUUUUUACUAAACCAAGAAAGGGAAAGGGGAAAAAAAAAAAAGAGAAUUACUUUACGUGAAAAUUAGCUCAUUUAAGCUCGGAAAUGAGGCUUGGAUUAUAUACUGCCUGAAUUGUGAAGAAAAUUGAUGAAUUUUAUCGUUCAACUCCCUUGGCUGGUCUCAAUGGCAUGGGACAAAUACCCGUUAUCUGGAAUGCUGAGAAGAUCCGAAUCUUAACUGGACGGAAAUCCUGCAUUCACCAUAAAUCUAAAGAACUAGGAGUCAGUUGAUGAUAUUGUUGGAGCUUUGGGAAGCAUUCUGGAAUUAAAAAGUGAAUCCCUACUGAAAAUGGCCUCAGACGUGGCUGCAAAGAUGGUCAAACUUUUACCAAGUUCGGUGCUGCAAGCACAUGUUCCCCAUCUAGUACACCACUUAUUAUCAUUGUUAUCUAACCGACAGUUACAUGUGUCCAUUUCAUGUGCAACUGCCUUGAAUUGCAUUUUAUACAAUCUGAGUACUAAAAGAGAGAAGGAAGUUGGGGAGAUCUUGAAAGAAGGAAAUACAGUUUUUGUUCUUGUAAUGAAUGUGAAGGAUUUUUCUGUUGGUGAUAAACCAACCGCGUACUUUCACGAAAUGGCUCUUCUAUUGAGUAGAAUCUUAUGGCGUUGGCCACCUUCUAGGUUCUGUGUGUGGAGUGAUUCAAAAUUUUUGGAUGUGUUAGAAAUUCACAAACUCAAUCCUGAAAGCUCCUUGAAAGCUGCGCUCUUGCAGUUAUAUUCUAGUUUAGCUCUAUGUGGUAAUGGGGCUAAGAAGCUCCUAGAAAACAGAAAAAGCCUUCUAAAUUUAAUGGUGGAGAGCAUGAGCAGCCCAGAUACUCAUUCAGUCCAGAUGGAUGGAUUCAGACUUGCCCAAUGUCUAAUGAUAAAUGAAGGACCAUGUCAAGAAGUGGUGAAAAUGUGUGGUGAACAUGUAGUUAAAGCCAUAGUUACUGGAAUGAAUAGCAGUUGUUUAAGUUCUGGAAAGCUUCCAAAAGAUCAGAUGUCAUUGGCAGUGGAAGCUUGUCGUUUGGCUCUGAUCACUCGUUGGGUGGGGAAUCAUCACAGUUACUUUUGGAAAGCUGGAGUUGGUAGAGCUCUACUUGGUCUUCUUCUAACCGAUUUUUGGAGAAUUCACCAAUCUCUGCAUGGUGUGCCACUGCAAGAACAGUUACUGAUAUUGCAAGAGGCUCUCAAUGAAAGUUCUCUUCCUUCACUGAGACCAUACAUUUGGGAUAUUCUAGGAGGGCUUGUAGCAAAUAGUGCAGAAGAUUUCGCCCCCGUGGUGCAUGAAGAUAUACUUGAGCUCAAAGCCCUAAUUGCAUGUGCAUGCCUUGCCUUUACAGAAUCUAUAAAUAUGGCACGACAGAUCUCUCAAAGCAAAAUCACCAACACAAUUGGGAGUGAAUCAGCCUCAAGAGCAGUUCUGAUGAUGGUUUAUUCCCCUUGCAAGUAUAUUGCCUCCCAAGCCAGGUUCAUUCUAUCUGAAGUAUUGAACCUGGAUGGCAAGAACUACAUUGAGUACUUGGUGAAUACCCUGAAUGCUACAUCCUGCAGAAAUAAGGUUCUAAGACCAGGUAACUUUCAAGUUGUCAUUAGCUUGAUAAGUUUGGCUUGUUACGCUAGUCUGCCAAGAUAUGGGAAGAUGGUUAUUGAUCAUCAAGGGAUGCAGAGUCUGUUGAUCUUUGUGAAGUGUUGGUUAAGCAACCCAGUAUACAUAAAAAGGUCAAAUUUGGCACCUCAUCUCCACAAUUCUUACAGUGAAAGAGUUUGUUGCCAUCCUUGUGUGGAAGAUUGGGAAGGUAAAGACAUGCAAUUGCUUUUUAGUCUGUGGGCCUUGGCUGGAUUGGUACACAAGUUUGCCUCUCAUGCUGGUUUCUUAAAAGUUAAACUGGAGUUUGACGAAUCCCAGAUAGUUAGGGAACUUGAGGAGAUCUGCAUUAAUCAUUCUACUCCUGGACCAAGAUGGUAUGCUGCUUAUAUUCUUAGUCAUUUUGGGAUAUAUGGCUUCCCCAACAAAUGUGGAAAAAGAAUUUGGAAAGCAUUCUUGGACAAUGAACUUGCUGAUUUAGAACUCAUUCUAAGUGACCAAUCUUCGUUGUGUGUGAAUGAAGUCAUUCUUUCAGUUCGGUGUCCGAAUUUACUGCCUGUGCAAGGACCGAAGCUUAAAGAGAAAUCUAGUACUGGUCCUUUUCUGGAGCAGCAAAUGGAGACACACAGGGGGUCUAAAGUAGAAGUUCGUCUCUCUGCUCAUGUAGAUCACCAAGCACUAGUCAAGUUGUUGCAAUAUGUGUACAUGGGGUAUUUACAAGCAGGUGAAGAUGUUUUGAAAAAUUUGAAAAUUUUAGCCAAGCAUUGUGACUUGCAGCCUCUACUACACAUGCUUCAUAGACGAAAUCCAAGAUAUGGUGCUCCUAUUCCUACAUUUGAUCUUACUUCGGCUCUUGGGCCAGUUGGACAUUGUUCAUCGGAUGUGCUCUUAGAACCUAACACGAUCCAACUGCUGAACUGGAGAUGCAGUUUUUGCUCAGCACCUAAUCCACAUUUCCAUGUGCAUAAAGUUAUAUUGUUUUCAAGUUGCGAUUAUUUGCGAGCGUUGUUUCAGUCAGGAAUGCAAGAAAGCAAUUCAGAAACCAUCAAAGUACCGGUUAGUUGGAACUCAUUAAUUAAACUGGUUAGCUGGUUGUAUUCUGAUGAGUUGCUGAAGCCCAGUUUUGAUUGUUUGUGGGACAAUCUGGCAGUUGAUCAGAGGCUUAAUGAAUUGCAACUGUAUGUAGAGCUUUGUUGGCUUGCUGAAUUUUGGCUCUUGGAGGACCUUCACGAACAGUGCUUCAGAGUUGUAUCAUCUGGCCUAGAGACUGAUAGAUAUCUAUCUGUUAAACUGAUCCAAUUGGCUGCUAAUUUUGCACAGUGGAAGUUGGCUGAAAUUGCUGCAACCUAUGCGGCCCCGUUGUAUCACCAACUACGCAACUCUGGUGAUCUUGAUCAACUGGAGGAGAGUUUCAUUGAAAUGGUGCGUGCUGCUUCAGUUCAACUUUCCAAGGAGGAUAUUAAUAACUGAAGUGACAUGUAAAUGUUCUCAGGCUAUCUGAAACCUAGAAACUUUCAAGGCAUUGGGCAAAAGGUUUUGUUACGUUCUCUGAUACUGUAUGAAACCAAGCGGCUCUCGGAAGUUCGCAGUUGCAAGAGAGAUGCUCGUAGUGCAGUUAUAGCUGGUGCAUCCAUUUCAAGGAAUACCUGGUCUGACAUGGAAGGUCUGAUGCAAUUUUCACUAAAAUAUGCUUUUCUUCGAUUGAAUACAUUCGCUACCACACAGACCGUACAGUAACUGAGUUAUCCUAUUAUCUUUUACCGUUCCCCUAUAU